AUGCACGACGAAAUAGACAAGUCGUUGCUCGAUCGGCUGCAGGCACUACGCGGCUCCAGCACGGCUCCGAGGAAACUGCCAGCACCCUCGGUCGACAUCGACGCGCUCGAGAGAGCCAAGAGACCCACACGCGAGGAAGCCCUCGCGGACCGCCUCCGCUCUCUGCGCGACCGCACAGAGUCUCCCACCGCGCCGCCCGCCAGCAAAGCCCCUCCCAAACCUUCAGCGCCCACUCCCGUCACGGCAGUCCAGCCCGGGCAGCCUCCGAGACCAGAACCACCCGAGAAUGAAGACGUGGAUGCAGCAUUUGAGACGGACGACAGGACGCUCGAGGAGCUCCUCGAGGAUGUGGAUACAGAACACCGCCUGCCGCAACCGAACGAGCCCCGAGAAGAGGAUGUCAGAGCUCUUCUCGAGGAGCUUUCCAAGUCUGUGCCCAAGGGUGAGGGCGCAGGGGUCCAGGACGAAGAAGGGUUGCGAGGGGCUGAUGACAGAGGAGACUCGGACGACUCGGACGGUGAGCGGAUGGGCAGAGACGUCGCCGACGUGAUUGCCCGCCUUCACGACGAGGUAGAGAUCGAUGCCAAGCAGGCGCUGGACGGCUAUCCUGAUACCCGAGAUGCUACAGCUGACGACGUAGCCCCGGAAGAACUAGACCUCCCGUCUCUGCCGCCCAGUCUUGACACGCUUCCCUCGAGCUCGCCUCUCGGCAGCCCUCAAACACGCACGCUCGACGACCUGACCGCACGGAUGGCCGCUCUCCGAGCGUCAUCGUCACCUUCUUCGGACCCUUCUUCGUCUCUGCCCUCGGUGCCCACCUCGAAGCCCGCCAAGGGCCCCAAGCGUCUGACGACCACGACGCGCUACACCGACGACGACGUGGACUCGUGGUGCACCGUCUGCCUCGAGGACGCCACGCUGCGGUGCGUCGGGUGUGACGGCGACCCGUACUGCGCGCGCUGCUGGCGCGAGAUGCACGUCGGACCGGCGGCGGGGUUCGACGAACGGAGUCAUCGCGCGGUGCAGUUUGCGAGGAGGAGGAAGAAGGACGGCAAGGUUGCGGUCGGGGCAUCGUGA